AUGGCGCCAGGAAAGAAAGUUCUUAUUGUCGGACCAGGCUUCAUCGGCUGGGCCGUUCUUGAUCUAUUAGCAAAGGAGAACUAUGAAAUCACGGGGUAUGUCAGGAGGAAAGAACACGCAGAUCAGAUCAAGGCCUCUGGUGCUACGGAUACGGUGCUUGGUGACCUAAACGACAAGGCAUUGAUUACGAAACACGCGUUAUCCCAUGACAUUGUGAUUCACACAGCCACCGCAGACCAUCUCCCAAGUGUGGAAGCUAUCUUAGAAGCCGUCCAGCAGCGAGCUGAAAAGGGGCUGAGCACAAUUUAUAUCCACACUUCUGGAACGUCCUUGAUAGAUGACGGGGCGGCAGGGGCCUACAAGGGAGACAAGGUGUACCAUGAUAACAUCGUGUCCGAGAUCGACUCCGUUCCUGACAAUGCGCCUCAUCGACAAAUAGACCUUGCUAUUGUCAGGGCCCAAAAGAAGCUAAGGGAGAAAGCCAAGAUCGCCAUCAUGAUCCCACCCACUAUCUACGGUUACAACCCGCACCACGGUCGGCUUUCAAUCCAAAUCCCGGUACUCACCCGGUACGCUCUUAAGCACGGAUAUGCGGGAUACGUAGGCGCUGGUCUUGCCGUCGAGAGCAACAUCCACGUGAACGACUUGGCGAGAGGAUAUGUCACGUUACUACACCACCUAGAGUCCACACCGGCUGACAGCCCCGACAUCCUUGAAAAUCCUUACUACUUCUGCGAAACGACAGGAGACAACGAACCGAGCUGGAAGGACAUCGCCUCGCUCAUCGGAACGCAACUCCACAAGGCCGGUCUGAUCCCUAACUCGGAGCCACGCACGAUCCCGCCAGAGAACUACGGUGACCUAUUCUUAGACUUCACGUCCGCUGUUAUCGGCCUUAAUAGCCGCAGCCGAGCUGUGCGGUUGCGCGAGUUGGGGUGGAAGCCUGUAGAGAAGAGCUUGAGCGAGAGUUACAUACAGGACGAGCUGGCGGUGAUUUUGAAGGAGGAUGUGGAUCACAAGGCUUUUGAUGGAUACCACGGGGUGGUUGCUAGUUGA